AUGUCAGUACCUAAAACCAUGAGAGCAGUUGUUGUCGACGGUGACAAAGCCGUUGUCAAAAGAGAUGUGCCCGUCCCAAAGAUCUUCGGCACGCAGAUGCUGGUCGAGAUAAAAGCCGUGGCCGGCAACCCCACCGACUGGAAGCAUGUCGACUUCCACAUCGCGCCUCAGGGCUCGAUUCUGGGAUGCGACGUGGCAGGCGUGGUCAAGGAACUGGGCCCCGACGUCGACAAGACGAGGUUCGCGGUGGGCGACACCAUCACCGGUAUCGUGCACGGUGGCUCUGUGAAGUUCCCCCAAAACGGUGGUUUCGCGGAUUACGCAUUGGUGGACUCGGUGCUGAGCUACAAGCUGAAGCUCAACCCCACCAAGCAGGCGACAAUCUCCCAUGGAAGCGUCGAGAGCUUUGAGGCCGCUGCGUCGCUCCCAGUGUCGCUGCUGACUGCGGGCGUGGUCCUGGACCUGCAUCUGGGCAACAAGCUGGUGUGGGAGCCAAAGACCCCUCAGCACGACUUCCCCGUGGUUCUAUGGGGUGGUGCAACCGGUGUCGGCCUGUGGCUGAUCCAGCUCGCGAAGCAGCUAAACGCGUACUCGAAGAUUGUCGUGGUUGCGUCCAAGAAGCACGAGGAGCACCUGUGCCACCUCGGAGCGGACGAGGUCUUUGACUACCACGACUCCGACGUGAUCGACCAAAUCAAGGCAAAGUACGGCGGGUUCCGUCACUUGGUGGACUGCGUUGCGACCCCAGAGACCUUCCAGCAGACCUACAGCUUGGCGUCCGACUCCGCAGACGCCAUCGUCAUGACGUUGAUGAUGUACUCGGAGAAGGACAUCCCGGAGCCCGAGCGCAAGAGCAACGUCAAGGUGGACUGGGCUCUUCUGUACUUGGUCUCGGGCUCGGAAGUGCCUUUCGGGAAAAUGACAGUGCCAGCGCGGCCUGAGUACCGCACUGCGGUUGCGGAGUUCAUCAAGUUCUCCGAGGGACGCGUGCUCGACGGCCGUCUGAUCCACCCUCGCAUUAAGGUGUACGAGGGCGGUCUGGACGUUGUUCCCCAGAUCAUGGACGACGUCAAGAACGGCAUGAACUCCGGCGAAAAACUGGUGGCCAAGCUUUAG